UUCAGCCGACGAAAUAACCCCUCAUUCUGAAUUGAUGUCUCAUGUCGACCGACCGAUCAUGAGCAAUCACAUCAUCGCCAACUCGCAUUGCGCGUGUUCCCCCUCUUCGAAAUUAUCCGCUGUUCAACGCUCAACGAUCCAAUACUCAGCCUUCUUAUCGUGGAUUUAUUUUUGUGCACCCGAGAUAUCCGGCAGAAUUGAUCUUGGAUUGAUCAGAAUUACUAAUUGUCCGAGAAUCACACGUGGUGGAGAGACUGAUCCUGCUUAUUCUUUGAUUCUCUCUGACAGCCCAUUGGCACUCUAGAAUCUAGAGUUUAAAACGUGCAUUUUUACGAAAUGAUGCAAUCGAUUGACCAAACAAUGAUGCAUUUGCUAUCUAUAUCAAAUUCCUGGGCUUUCCCCUAUUGCUCUUUGCUAAAAUAUUUUGAGCAAAAAUGACAGGCCUAUCUAUUAAACGAGUUGCCGUCAUCGGCUCUGGUAUUAGCGGCGUUGCAGCUGCAGCACAUCUGCUUGCGGAGGGGCUAGAUGUCACCGUGUUUGAAAGGAACAAGGCAGCUGGCGGGGUAUGGCUUUUCGAUGAGCGCACCCCGAUCGAACCAACCUAUCCAGCCACAAAGCCAUCGCAAGGAGAAGUCUCAGGAAACGACAAAGGAAGGGUUGAUAGAAACGACUUGCAGCAUGCGCCACCGGGCCCAUGCUACGUCGGCCUUCAAAAUAACGUCUCCACGCCCCUUCUCAGAACGACACUUAAUGCCUGGCCCGACGGGACCCCGGACGUUGUGAAUCACGAUGUCAUACAGAAAUACAUCCAGGAUACGUCGAGAAAGACUGGUGUAGAGGACGUUACCGUAUGGGGUGCCAGGGUGACUGAUCUCCGUAAAGAUGGAUCGACAUGGCAUGUGAAAUGGACGACUCUACACCGUGAUUCUGCGGGUACCAACGUGGAGGAAGUGCUAUCAGCAUCUUUCGACGCUGUUGUCGUGGCGUCUGGUCACUAUCACGCCCCUCGGGUACCAGACCUACCAGGUCUUUCUAGCGUGAAAGAGAGAUGGCCAGCUCAAGUCCUACAUUCAAAAUCAUAUAGACGGCCGGAUGAAUUUGCAGGCAAGAACGUCCUACUUAUCGGUGGCGGUGUCUCGUCAACUGAUAUUGCUCGCGAACUUGGCCCUUUGGCAAAGAACAUCUACCAGAGUACGCGGAACGGUGUUUUUGAUUUGGCUGCCACUGUUCUACCAGAGAAUGCGGCCAGGGUUAAUGAAAUUGCGUCUUUUGAAAUUAUAGAAGGCGGCGGAAAAUCAGACCCGGAGUCUGGGGACGGCCCGCUUCCAGUUACCGUGCAUCUCAAAGAUACUGAUCAGACCAUCGGCGAUAUUCAUCAAAUUUUCAUAUGUACGGGGUAUCAUAUCACACUCCCAUUCUUGCCGGGCCUCCACGAAGACAAAACUCUGGCCGAUAAUGCGAGUGACACCGUUCUCGUUACGGAUGGGACCCAGAUUCACAAUCUGCAUAAAGAUAUCUUCUACAUUCCCGAUCCGACAUUAGCAUUCAUUGGAGUGCCUUACUACACCGCGACAUUUACUCUUUUUGAAUUCCAGGCCAUAGUCCUAGCCGCAGUCUUCUCCGGCCUUGCCAAGCUUCCCUCCAACGCAAGUAUGAAAGAUGAGUACGCGGAGAAAGUCCGAAUCAAGGGAACUGGAAAGGGCUUUCAUUCUUUGAAAGACCACGAGGAGGAUUAUGUGAAGGAUAUUCUGGACUGGAUAAAUGCGGGACGUGCAGGCUCGGGGUUGCCGCUGGUGCCGGGGUAUUCUGAGACCUGGAUCAAGGCCAAAGAGGUGCAGAGAGAGAGAAUAAAGCAAGCCUCGGAAUCUACAGAGGCAAUCAUCCAGAAAGAGGUCAAGAGAAAAUGGACCAGCUAUAUUUGGGACACAUUUGAUAAGUCGCCAGAAGAGCGCAGACUUCUUUUCAAACUAGACUUUGCAAUUCUAGCUUUUGCGUCUUUGGGAUACUUUAUUAAAUAUUUGGAUCAAAUCAACAUCAACAACGCUUUUGUGUCGGGGAUGAAGGAGGACUUGGGUCUUUAUCAAAAUCAACUCAAUUACAUGCAGGCUUGUUGGACCGUGGGCUAUGUUAUCGGCGAGAUCCCAUCUAAUAUGAUCCUAACUCGGCUUCCACCGCGGUAUUGGAUUCCGGCGGCUGAGGUUUUGUGGUCGGUCCUUACAUUUGCACUCUCACGAGCAAACUCUGCCCGGCAAUUCUAUAUCCUAAGAUUCUUCAUUGGGCUUGCAGAAAGCACUUUUUACCCCGGUAUGCAAUAUAUUGUCGGCUCGUGGUAUCGAAAAGAUGAACUGGCCAAGCGUUCCUGCAUAUUCCACACAAGUAGUGGGAUUGGCAGCAUGUUUUCAGGUUAUCUAAUGGCAUCGGUUUAUCAUUUGCACGGAAAGGGUGGAUUUAAGGGUUGGCAGUGGCUCUUUAUAGUCGACGGCAUUAUCUCGUUGCCAGUUGCAAUCGCAGGAUUUUUUAUUCUUCCUGAUGUACCUGAGAUCAGUAAUCCAUGGUACUUAUCUGAGAAGGAAAUUGCCUUAGCACAAAAGCGCAUGCGUCUGGAAGGCCGAAGUAAUCGACAGCCGUACACCAAAUCCAAAUUCAAGAAGAUAUUCUCGUCAUGGCACAUAUACUUACUUACCCUUUUAUAUAUAACAUUCAAUAACUCUAAUGGAGGUCAACCUAUAUUUGCCCAAUGGUUGAAAACGUCUAAGGAUCCAGUAUAUACGGUUCCACAGAUCAAUUCCUAUCCAACAACGACAUACGCAGUUCAAGUUGUGACUACCCUAAUUUAUGCCUGGACGUCCGAUACUAUUUUCCAAGGCCGACGAUGGCCACCUAUAAUCUUUGGCGCUCUUUCAAAUUUACUAUGCUACAUUUCUCUCGCAGUGUGGAACAUUCCGGCAGGAUGGAAGUGGUUUUGCUAUAUCUACAUGGGCUCAGGUUUUGGUCUGAGCGGCCUUUUGAUGGCUUGGGCUCACGAAAUAUGUUCCGACGAUAAUGAAGAACGCGCAUUAACUAUUGGCACUAUGAACGAGAUGGCAUACGUCUUUCAAGCAUGGCUGCCGCUAAUUGUGUGGCAGCAGGUGGAUGCACCCAGGUAUCACAAAGGAUUUAUUACGUCGAUUGUAAUGUCAAGUAUACUCCUCGUCAGCACCUUUGUGGUUAGGGACCUUCAUCAUAGAGAGGACCGUGCAAAGAGAAGGAAUCAAGAGCGCCAGGCAGAAGAUUCACCGAGUGAUGAUAGGCCACUCAAGGAUCAAACCAGUCCAACACUAACAGGUGUUGAGGUAUGAUUUGAAAACUAUAGAGAUACAAUGAAUACAUAGUAUAGCUUAGAUGUCAAAGCAUGGC